AAAUCCGAUUCACCUCAAAACACCGUAGAAAUGAGUGCAGUCAAGACUUUAUUGAUGGUUGUUGGUCUUUAUCUAGCAUACUGGACUGUCCGAGCAAUUUAUCGCAUCUAUUUUCACCCACUUUCUCGAUACCCAGGCUCAAAGAUCGCCGCUGCAUCCUCUGCUUGGUACGAAUGGUACUGGAAUUUCCAUCGAACCGGUGAACUUCUUUUCGAAAUUGAACGACAACAUCAAAGGCAUGGACCUGUUAUCCGUAUAGGACCUGAAGACCUGCAUGUCAACGAUCCCGAAAUCUUCCAAGAUGUCACAAGAGUUGGGUCCAGGUUUCUCAAAGAUGCAAAAUUCUACAACUUUAUCACAUUUCCAGGCACUUCUAUUGGAGAGACAGACCCAGUUGCCCACCGAAUCAGACGUCAAGUACUCACACCAGCAUUUUCGCCAAAUCGUGUUCAGGAACUGGCUCCUUUCGUGAAGAAACAAGCUGACAAGCUUAUGUCGCGUUUUAAAGUAUUCGCGACAUCUUCAACGCCUGUCAAUUUCAAUGCAGCCUCCAAAGCAUUCACAAUGGAUGUAAUAUCGAAGAUCCUGUUCGGUCAGGAAGUUGGAUGCCUCGACGAAAAAGAUUUUCGGAAUGACUUUGUACGGUACAUUCGUGAAGCAUUUGAGAUGGGUUGGACUGCUACAGCGUUCCCUACCCUUACCAAAUUCUCGCUCUCUAUUCCAGUUUGGAUAUCAAAGAAGAUAUUCCCAAUCCCAAUCAUGAUAUUCAAAGAGAAAUGUAUGGAUCUUGUGGAUAGCUACCUUGAGCGUCGAAAUAACAGUAGCCCUGAGUCAUUCCCUGAAGACACAAUGUCCGUGGUGAUUGACAUGGUUAUUGAUCCAGCGGCCGCGAAAGGACAUAUAGUCCCAACCUCGGAUCAAUUAAGCGAAGAGAUCAUCAUGCUCCUUUCUGCUGGGAAUGACACUACUUCAGAUGCGCUUAUAAUUGGCAUAUACCAAAUUUGCCGCCAUCCGGAAGUCCUUGGACGGCUCGAGGACGAAUUGACGAAAGCAUUCCCAAAUAUCGAAGAUACUGACGCAAUUAACUACGAAAACACAAAGGAUCUUUCAUUUUUAAAUGCUGUAAUAAAGGAAAUUCUGAGGAUCAGCAAUCCCUUGCCUGGCCGCUUACCACGAGUUGUACCUCACGAUGGCUAUAAAAUGUACGAACAUCACGUCCCCGCUGGAACCGCGCUCAACUUCUCUAUUCAUCUCCUCAAUCGCCAUCCCGACAUAUGGUCCAACCCCACGCACUUUAAUCCUGACCGAUGGCUCCAACCCGACUCCACCAAGCUAGAUAAGCACAUGGCAACAUUUUACAAUGGGACGCGACAAUGCCUAGGCAAGCACCUAGCGUGGUGCGAAAUGUACAUCAUUAUAGCCAAUCUAUUUCGUAGAUUCCAUCUCACCAUUCAUGACACAACGGAUGCCGACAUGGCGUGGGUUGACUUGUUGUUGGUUCAUUUCCAAGGGAAACCGUUCCAGUUGUUAUUAAUGCAGAAGGAAAGCUAAGAAUUCGACAUGGAAUGUUAACAGCGAUGGUACAAGCUGGAACCUCACUCUCGGAGAUCCGAGGUUCGGCAGCAUUCGGGGCGUUGCUAACAGGGCUUCCAACGAGGCGUAGUACUGUACGAUUGGGCGAUUUUGAGGCCUGUACAGGUGAGAUUUUGGGUACGUUCGUACGACAGGGAGGAGGAGAGGUAGG